GGCCAACAAAUAGAAAUUAAUCAUGGCUGCUGCCACAGCUAAUCCGAAUGUCCCGGCUCCAGCUCGGCCUUGGAAUCCUGACUUCAAGCACACUGACAGAGAAAGGUACACUGAGAUGUCUUUAUUUUAUUAACAACCGCAGAUUAAUAAAAAAAGACUAAAAAUUUGAUGUUCUAAACCAAACACGUUUAGUAGCUAGCUAAACAUCUGGCUAAGUUUGGCAAACUUGGAACUUAAAAUAACCUUUACUUUAUUAGUCUUAUUUUUACUUUUAAAUUUAAAGUUUUGUUAUUUACGGCUUUAAGGCAUUUCUACUUUUAUUUUAGACCUUUCUACUGACCUGCUUUGAAAGGUCUACCAGAAUUUUAUGACAAAAUAGUCCUUUCAUCAAUGAAAAAAGCACUUUGAGUUAUCCAACAAAUGUUGACAUAAUUACUUGGGGGGAGGGGGGUGUCACUGAAAGUAUGACAGUUUUUGACAAGUGGUGAGAUGGGGUAAAAAAAUUGCUUUAAAAUUGUUGAUGUAAUUAAUGGAUGGCCCCUAAAUGAAUUGUCUAUAAGAUAAACGUAAAACAUUUGUAAAUUUAAGUUUUGGUAGGAAAUUAUGUACACUGGCCCCCACUCCAAUACCAACUUUAUGUAUGCUGGGCCCCACUCCAAUACCAACUUUAUGUAUGCUGGGCCCCACUCCAAUACCAACUUAAUGUACACUGGGCCUCACUCCCAAUAACAACUUGAUGUACACUGGGCCCCACUCCAAUACCAACUUUUUUAUGUAUACUGGGCCCCACUCCCAAUAACAACUUUAUGUACCCUGGGUCCCACUCCAACACCAACUUUAUGUACACUGGGCCACACUCCAAUACUAACUUUAUGUACACUGGGCCCCACUCCAACACCAACUAUUACUUAGAUCUAGCUAAAAUAGUAAAAGCACUGUAAACCUGGUCCUGACUCAUAACAUCACUUGAUGGUUUAAAGAUCAGUCAUCAACGACAACAUUCCUAUACACUAAAGUUUGUUCUGAGUUUCUCUCUAGAGUUUAGACUAGAUGUUUCUUAGCCUAAAAGAAAAAAAUAAAUUAUUUAUGACUAGUCAAAAUUUCUAAAAAGGUGGUGAUAGGUAGUGCAUAAUACAGCCCUAAACAUAAUUUGCGAUUGGAAGGGAUCAAUGUUUCCUAAUUCACAGUGGCCUAAAUAUAAUUCAGGAUGAAUAUAGCAAAUUUAUUGCAUCCCUCAGCUAUGAGACAAGAUGCUCUAUGAUCAGUGCUCUCUCCUUUCGUGUGCUUUCUCCUCACAUAGUCUGAAAUGAGGGUGUUACAUACUGUGUACAGCAAUCGUACACAUAAAGGUCGAUAUUUAUAAUAUAAAGUUGCAACUAUAGUGCAUGUGCAUUAAAAUAGAGAUAAAUUGUGCCCUGUGAAACCCAGUUACACCCAUGGCAUUAGAUGAGUUGUGAAACUGCUAAAGGGCAUUGUACUUGUCAUAUAAAUUUUUAUACGAGGUCUCGCACCCCCCUUAAAAUAUUUGAACAAGUUCUUACUCCCCAUAAAUAACAAAUCUCUCACUCCCCAUAAAUUAUUUGAACAAGUCUCUCACUCCCCAUAAAUUAUUUGAACAAGUCUCUCACUCCCCAUAAAUUAUUUGAACAAGUCUGUCACUCCCUAUAAAUUAUUUGAACAAGUCUCUCACUCCCCAUAAAUUAUUUGAACAAGUCUAUUUUGAACAAGUCUGUCACCCCCUAUAAAUUAUUUGAACAAGUCUCUCACUCCCCUAAAAUGCAUUUUAAAAUUAGAAAAACAAUGGACUUCCAUUUUUAGAGAUAAAAAAUAUAUACAUUCCUGCAAUCACUUAUAUCUUAACUUAAAAAAGUCAAUAGCUUUUCUGUUCUUGUAUUUGGUUGUUGAGUUGUUGUCAAUCUUCAUUUGUUCAUGCUUUGAUUACUUUGAAGUUAAGCUCACUGACAAAGAUUAUAAUGUAAUACUUUGAAGUUAAGCUCUCUGACAAAGAUUUUAAUAUGUUACUUUGAAGUUAAGCUCACUGACAAAGAUUUUAAAGUAUUACUUAGAAGUUAAGCUCACUGACAAAGAUUUUAAUGUAUUACUUAGAAGUUAAGCUCUCUGACAAAGAUUUUAAUAUGUUACUUUGAAGUUAAGCUCACUGACAAAGAUUUUAAAGUAUUACUUAGAAGUUAAGCUCACUGACAAAGAUUUUAAUGUAUUACUUAGAAGUUAAGCUCACUGACAAAGAUUUUAAAGUAUUACUUAGAAGUUAAGCUCACUGACAAAGAUUUUAAUGUAUUACUUAGAAGUUAAGCUCACUGACAAAGAUUUUAAUGUAUUACUUAGAAGUUAAGCUCACUGACAAAGAUUUUAAUGUAUUACUUUGAAGUUAAGCUCACUGACAAAGAUUUUAAUGUAUUACUUUGAAGUUAAGCUCACUGACAAAGAUUUUAAUGUAUUACUUUGAAGUUAAGCUCACUGACAAAGAUUUUAAUGUAUUACUUUGAAGUUAAGCUCACUGACAAAGAUUUUAAUGUAUUACUUAGAAGUUAAGCUCACUGACAAAGAUUUUAAUGUAUUACUUUGCAAUUUUGUGAUUUCAGAUGGAUUUGUAUUUACCCUGCCUACUUAAACAGUAAAAAAACUUUAAAAGAAGGGCGUAGAGUCCCUAAAGCCAAGGUAAAUAUACGUUUUAAAAAUCAAAUUCCGAAUCAAAAAUAGCAGUGGACUGAGAUAUGGUAAGAGAUGGUGGAGAGCAACAGGUUUUCUACAUGAAUUCAACAAGUUCCAAAGUCAUAUGACAAAGUUCAUGAAUUUUUAAAUCGUAGCUAUCAAAACACAGUGUUUAGCAUUCCCUUUGGUAACUCAAAUGUCUUGGAAACUGCCUAGUUGUUCUUCAUUAUCUUUUUGGUUAGAUGACUGUUGCCUUCUUACCUUACAUAAUGCUUACACUGAAUACUAAUACUGUCCUCCUUCUGACCACAGGCCAUUGACAACCCGGUGUGUGGAGAAAUAAGGGAUGUGUGUGCGUCAGCAGGCUUUGUUCUGGGUGUUGAGGUCAACCAUUUUUCUAAUUGAAUUUACAACAUAUAUAAUAUUAGGAUUAAAUGUUAUUAUAACUAUAAUGUGGGGCUUGCUAAACCCUUUUAACUCCAUGUCACCAUUAAAUCACUUUCAUUCUUCGACAUCGUUCUUCCAGGAUAUAGUCUUUGACUUCUGUUGUUUCAAAAAAUGUUUUUUAAUUUGGAUGCUACUAAUGUCUAUGUUAUUUUUAACGCAGAAUAAAGUUUAUCCCAGAGAGCUCGAUCCCAGAGACGUCAAGUACAGAGGACGUGUCAGAGUUAUGCUAAAAAAUGAAGAUGGGACCCCGGCAAUACCCCAGUUUCCUGACCGUGAGUUGACAAAACUUUUCUCUCUCUCUUUGAUUACACAGGUUCGCAUGUGUCUGGACAGUUGGGGGUGUGAAGUGCCCUCAGGUUAUAAAUUGGGUUGACUGAUGCAGAUGAUCAAAGAUGGAUCAAAGAUGUGUUUUAUACAGUUGCAAUGUUUUGUAGUGUUUACACAAAAUUUAAAGUUCAAGAUAAGUGAAAAUACUCUAAAAGCAAGUUAUGCUGUCACAGAGAUCAUUGCUAAGACGUUGAAAUCACAUACUCUCGCCGAAUCCACAAUCUCAAUUGUAUGCAGAGUAAGUGUGAAAAUUAUGUUUAGUGAGACUGUCGUGUCUGACAUCAGGGAUCAAUAAGAUGUCACUGUCAGACAAUACAAUAAGCAGACAUAUUUUAGACAUGUCCAGCGAAAUGGAAAGUCGCGUUUUGGCAAAGUUAAAAUCAUUGCAUUCUUUGCACAUCAGUUGUAUGACAGCUCCAAUGACAGUGGUAAUUCAAAGCUUAUGGGUUCUGUACAUGUUGUUGCUAAUGGUGAUAUUGUUGAAGAUUGUUUCUCUGCUGUCAGGAGUUACUAGAAACUAGAAACAACAAAAGAACAAGACAUGUUAGCAGGUUUCAAUUCAUACUGUGACUUGAACUGGAAAAAAAUGAGUUCGUAUUUGUACCGAUGGCACCUUUUUCCAUGAUGAGAAAUGUCAAAGGUUUUGUCUUGCUGGAGCAAUAGAUGAAUCCAGCCAUCACGGCCACUACCGGUCACUUUUCGUUUCAUCCACAGAGAGGCCACUAGUUUCUGCAAUAGUUUAAGUCUGUGCUGGACAUAGUUGUGACAAUUAAUAAUAAUAAUAAUAAUAAUAAAGCUUAUUUGAAAAUCAAGCUUCAUCCCCAAAGGCUCGAAGUGUGGUACAAAGUCAUCCAUAUUAAAAGAGAAAUGAAAAAAUCUAUAUUUUACCACAUUGAAAUCCAAAACGCAACAUUAUAAAAACUACAUACGAGAAUACCAAUUCUAAGUCUUUCAUCCCUUGCAACCAUAAACAACACAGGCCACUAUACAUCUAGGAGAAAAUAGCUAGCUGGAAAAGAUGGUAGACAACAUCACCCCAGCAGGUGUUUGCGAAAUAGAUAUGUUUUCAUAUCGGUUUUGAAAGACUCCAGUGUCUGUCUGUUUCUGAGAGCGGCAGGAAGUGUGUUCCAAAUUGUUGGGCCAGCAAAUGUGAAAGUGCGCCUUCCGCAAGUCUCAAGGCGAACACGUGGUAUCGAUAGUUUGUCACUAUCGGAUGAGCGGAGUUGUCUAGUGGGUACAUAAGGCGUCAUGAGUGCUUUGAGAUAGGACAGCGCCAGGUCAUGCAAGCAGUGAUAGCACAGAGUUGUAAUUGUUAAUUAUGUGAAAAUGGGACUUCUGAAAUGUCGCCAUUUGGCUAAACUUUGUGGAGGCAUGGAAGCGGACCAUGUCACACUCAUCGAAAACAUGUGCGAGUCGGGAUUUUCUGCCAUGACCACUAACAAACACAAGAAACGAGAAUGACUUUUGUCUGUGGAAAAUAAACUUUGGGCCGUCUCUCUUGAACAUUUGGCCAAAAAUUCAAAUGCUUUGUAGAAAUCUCCAAGCACGAGUUUCGCCCAGAAAUGUUCCCUACUGCAAACUAGUAGCAUCUGCUACUCUAGUCAGAGUUUAGUUCUGAUUUGAGCUACAAUUACAGUGUUACACACACACACUUGUGUCAAUCAGUGUUUUCUUUUUUGUGCAUACUGGUAACUCAAUAUAGGAAAAUAUUGGAAUAGAACAAAACCUUCUGUUACUGCAUGUCAUUCCGUAAAACAAUUUAAAUGCUUCAAAGGGUUCCAUUCAAAUAAAAAGGUUGAAAACCACUGUCUUACACUACACAGACCAAGUAAACUACACAGACUACACAGACCAAAUUGUAAGGUGUAGUUUUCACUUAUGCUGAUACGUAUGAAAGGGAAACAAAGCUGCCUCUACUGAAAGCAAUAAAUUAUUAUUUUGAUUUAACAUUUGUACUUUGAUUUGGAUACAGUCUGAUCAUAUCUUUGUUUGUACUCUGAUACAAUUUUGAUGUCACAUCUUUUCUUGUUUCCCCAACAGGAAUGUCAGUAUUGAUGUAUUUGACAGAGACAAUACCAAAAUUAAAAGGAAGGCUUCAGUCUCAGUCAUCGGGCCAGGCACAGCAUCAACAGCAGCAGCAACAGCAGGGGACCAAAGGCCAGAAAAAGAAAGGACGAAAAUAAAACAUUUCAUUUCUAGAAUUUUAGCCAGAAAUUGAAAUAAAACUGCAAGCAUUAGGGCUGUCUCGUAAUUAUAUCUAUGGCAUUUUAUAAUCUAGGGCCAUCAAACACUGGAUAAUGUAGACUUUGGAACUUUUUGCAAAGAACUAGACAAACAAUAAAUAUUAUUUUUGAUUUAUUCCUUAAUACCCUGUUUUGUGAUCAUAAAUGAAGGACUGCUUUUUGUGAACAGAGCGAAUAAAAGUGAAAUUAAAAAUUUAUUUCACAUUAACUCUUCUCCAGCUGAGAAACAAAAAAUCAUGAUUAAAAGUGAAAAUUUCUCAAAUUGUUUCAAUAAAAAUGUCUUUGUUUUUCAUGUUGAGUUGAUCCCUUUUGGAAACCAAAUCUUGUAUUGUUUUCUUUGUGACCCUGGAGACUUGGCUGUCCAUGAGUGUAAGAAGAGUCCAAGUUGGUGUUGCUGGUCGAAGUUUCCAAAAAUAGGUGUAUAGAAAUUCUUGUUUUUGUUUACCUGACACAAACUUGGCAGGAAAUAAUUUUUGGGUCAGGUAUUUUUAGCAUUUAACUCUUUGGGGAGAUGGCUAUUUAAUGUCUUCUUUUAAAAAGAUAUUUAUCCAAUUUAUGAUUUUUCUCCUCAUGAAUGUCUUAUCUCUUGGAGUGACAGAAUGACAGUGUGUAUGCAAGUUUCAAUCUUCCACAAUUUUUUUCCUCAUGAUUGUCAUCAACUGUUGAUGGUUGCCACACAACAGAUUAUAAUACUUUUCUUUUUGUAAGUACAUUUUCUUAAAAUUGUGAUGAAUAAAAUGACUUAUUGAUACAAGUCACCUUGUCUCAAUGUUCUGUUCUUCCUGCAAGCACAAUUAUUUAAUUUGAAUAAGUCACUACAUCUUGGUCUGAGUGUUGUCACUAUUGAAUGCUGUCAUUUUUUAAAAUAAUGUACAUUUUAGUGGAUAACUGUGAAUGUUUUUGUCUUGUCUGUGGAUACCAACCGAAUUACACAAUGGUACAUCAUUUUUAUCAUCUCACAAACUGGAUGGUGUAUCAUAAAAUUAAAGAAAAUUAUCAAUAUAAUUAAGGGGGUGAAGACGAUUUAACACUGGUCCCCAUUCCAUAAACGUGUUUCUUGUUUUGUAGGCACUAUCCUGGUUGUGGGUGGCUACUUUUUAUCCAGGGCUCAAGGUACUAAAUGAGUUGAGAACUGCUGAAAUAAUUUAGCUUUUUAUUUAGUAGUCUUAAGGAGGCAGACUUGCAAAAUUUUGAGUACCGGUACCUCUUAAGGUGAAUUACAUUAUGUUACGAUUAUUAAUGAUUUAGCGCUAAAUUAAUUAAGAUCUCAAUAAAAUAAAAAUAUUUUCUGUAGCUUGAAAAU